AUGGGACGGAACAAUGAAGAUGAGUACGUCACGUACACGAUCGUGACGUGCCAAGAAAGCACGACCGCACCAGGUGACUUUGCCAAGCUGAAGAUUAAACGCUUUCGCGGAGGGUCCGCGAAGGACUGGCUCAAAUGGAGCAUGAAGUUUAAGAGCCUCGCAAUAAGAAAAGGCUGGGGUGCUGACCAACUCACCGUUCAACUGCUCACGCUGAUCGACGGAGAUCUGUCGCGUGAGGUCGAGCGCAUCGCCAGCGAAUCUUCCGAGAAAGGACAUACGUUCGAAGGCUUCUACCGUGAGAUCGGCUUACUCCUGGUACCUGCGGAUUACAGUGAAGACCUAGAUGAGGAGCUAUGGACCCUGACCAAGCGCCGCGACGAAACAGUUCAACGCUGCUCGGCACGUCUGCGAGAGCUUGCUCAAAUGUACACCAAGUUGCCGCAGGAUGCGCAAACACUUUCGGAGAAUCAACUCUGUCGAUACUUUCGCCGAGCUAUGCCUACAAACUGGCAAGACAAGCUUGCUUUUGUGAAAUCUCCUGCGAAACCGUAA